AUGUUAGCGGUGGGGGCGAUGGAGGGCACCCGGCAGAGCGCGUUCCUGCUCAGCAGCCCGCCCCUGGCUGCCCUGCACAGCAUGGCCGAAAUGAAGACCCCGUUGUACCCCGCGGCGUACCCCCCGUUGCCCGCUGGCCCCCCCUCCUCCUCGUCCUCCUCAUCCUCCUCGUCGUCGCCCUCCCCGCCUUUGGGCGCCCACAACCCAGGCAGCCUGAAGCCCCCGACCGCGGGGGGGCUCUCAUCCCUGGGCAGCCCCCCACAGCAGCUCUCAGCCGCCACCCCCCACGGCAUCAACGACAUCCUGAGCCGGCCCUCCAUGCCCGUGGCCUCAGGGGCCGCCCUGCCCUCCGCCUCGCCCUCGGGUUCCUCCUCCUCUUCCUCGUCCACCUCCGCUUCCUCCGCUUCGGCAGCUGCCGCGGCGGCCGCGGCCGCUGCAGCCGCCGCCUCAUCCCCAGCGGGGCUGCUGGCUGGCCUGCCCCGCUUCAGCAGCCUGAGUCCGCCGCCGCCGCCGCCUGGGCUCUACUUCAGCCCCAGCGCAGCGGCCGUGGCCGCCGUAGGUCGGUACCCCAAGCCGCUGGCCGAGCUGCCCGGCCGGACGCCCAUCUUCUGGCCAGGAGUUAUGCAGAGCCCACCCUGGAGGGACGCCCGCCUGGCCUGCACUCCUCAUCAAGGAUCCAUUUUGUUGGACAAAGACGGGAAGAGAAAACACACGAGACCCACGUUUUCUGGCCAGCAGAUCUUCGCUCUGGAGAAGACUUUCGAACAAACGAAAUACUUGGCGGGGCCCGAGAGGGCUCGCUUGGCCUACUCGCUGGGGAUGACGGAGAGUCAGGUCAAGGUCUGGUUCCAGAACCGCCGGACCAAGUGGAGGAAGAAGCACGCGGCCGAGAUGGCCACGGCCAAGAAGAAGCAGGAUUCGGAGACCGAGCGGCUCAAGGGGGCUUCGGAGAACGAGGAGGAGGACGACGACUACAACAAGCCUCUGGACCCCAACUCGGACGACGAGAAAAUCACGCAGCUGCUGAAGAAGCACAAGUCCAGCAGCGGCGGCGGCGGCCUCCUGCUGCACGCGUCCGAGAACGAGAGCUCGUCCUGA